CCUCAUACCAUCCAUUUAAUCCCUUCACCUGAGUAUUAAUCAACACCACAUAAAAAAUGCAGGUCAAAUACAUUGCUCUCGCCGUCGUUGUUGGCCAGGCCGCCGCCGUCCUUGAUCUGACUGCUGGAAAGCACAUUUCCGAGACUAUUUUUGGUCUCAGCCCCGAGCAGGUCAAGAAGAUCGAUACCGCCAUCGUUCGCGCUGAGGCAACCGCUCAGGCUUCAUUCCUCGAGGCGACCAAGGAUAUCUACAAGUAUGCUGAAAACUUCUACAAGACUGUUGAUAAGGGCGCUGGGCCAUCUAUCAGAGACGCGUCUGUCGCCCUGAACAAGGCUCUGACCCCUGAGCUCAAGCAGAAGCUCAAGAAGGCCAUCAGCACCUUCACCGAUUCGACUCUCAACGCCCUGCUCUAAAUAUUUUUAGCCGGCUAAUAUUUUUUUGUAGAAUAUGCUUUUAGAAAUAUAUUGUCAUUUUCAUCAAACAUU